GGAUUGCUGUCGCUGCUGCUGCUGCUGCUGCUGUUCGGUUUGGCCGCGCUGAGGGAGGCGUCCACGUCCGGCGAUACUGGCGAUGCCGUUCGCGAGGGCGAAUCCUCUCGCCGGGCGUCGCAUCACCGGCAGAAGCGGGUCUUCUGGUUCACGAACGACGGACGGAUCGCCCUGCCACCCGGCACCGUCAUGACGAUCACGCCGACGCUGGCGUUACCCUUCGUCCGGCAUCCGCCUUACGGCUUCCUUAGCAACAUGACCAUCAGCCUGCCGUUCACAAUCGACUUCGACAAGCUGGGCCUGACGGACAACGAGAAUCCGUACGGCGCUCUGCCGCCGAGCUUCGACAGGAAGCUGAACAGCCGGCAGGCCGGCAUGAUGAUGGCAGACUUCAUCGCGGCAUUCAUCAAGCGCAGAUUACACAAGCGGGACAUGUCGGAGGUGCCGAAGAACGCGUUCCACGGCGGCGAACGGGCGCUGCUUUACGGCACCACCGAGGAUAUGCUGUCCACGCUGGGAAUGAACGGGAAGGCAUGCCUCUUGAGAGCGAUUUGCGAGGUCCAGGGACACCAUCUGAACAACUUCGGGCUGAUCGGCGAAAUGCUGAAGCUCUUCUUCACGUUAGUAACUCGG